AUGAUGGAAUCAGAGACCCCAAGGGCACCGCCCUCGACGAACCCCCUGUCGCGUAUUGCGCACAGGUUGUCGAUGAAAAGCAACUCGGACCAGUCCACCCCGUCCACCACCAAGACGACCGUAUACGAGAAGCAGACGCCGAGGUCGAGUAAGACUAGUCAAUCGAGUGGUUCAAGCAAGUCUAGCUACGGAAGAAGCCCGACGAGGAGUGGCGAGCUGAAGAGGAUGGAACGGGGCCAGAAGCAGGAGCGUCGGGAGCAGCUGGAGCGCGAGCUGGAAGAGCGCAGGAGGCGAGAAUACGAGGAGGCUCGCAAGAUCGAAGACGACGAGACGAAAGCCCGCUACGGCGAGGGAAGCGAGGAAAACUACCCAACCGAACUCAACACCAUCGCCGAGGUGGGCCAACUAGGUGUUGGUUCCAAAGUCACCUUCCGCGCCCGAAUCCACACACAGCGCAACAUCUCCAAGCACCUCGACUUUAUUCUGUUUCGCGACCAGACCGAUACCAUCCAGGGCGUACUGCAUGACGUGACGCCAAACAUGGUGAAGUGGGUGCAACGGCUGCACCCUGAGUCCAUCGUCCAGGUUUCCGGUUCUCUGAAGAAACCCGUCGAGGAUGUCAAGUCAGCGUAUCACCAUGAUGUUGAGGUCGACAUCUACUCCAUCCACCUACUCAACCCCGCGCAGGCGCCUCCUUUCAGUAAUUACCAACCGCCUGAGAGCAUGAACAAUAGGCUUAACAACCGCGUCCUCGACCUGCGACAUCCCUCCAACCAAGCCCUCUUCCGUGUCCGUGCCAUGAUCACACGCAAGUUCCGCGAAACCCUCGACAACAAUGGCUUCAUUGAGAUUCAAACACCCAAGCUGCAGCCAGCUGCUACAGAAAGCGGCGCAGAAGUCUUCAAGCUCAACUACUUUGGCCGUCGCGCCUUCUUGGCCCAGAGCCCCCAGUUGGCCAAGCAGAUGGCAAUUUCAGCCGACUUUGGCAAGGUCUACGAGGUUGGCCCUGUCUUCCGUGCCGAGAACUCCAACACCCACCGCCACUUGACAGAGUACACCGGCCUCGACAUUGAGAUGAAGAUUCACAAGCAUUACCACGAGCUUCUGAAGGUUCUCGACCAGGUUCUCAAGAACAUUUUUACGGCAGUGCACGCCAUGCCUGAGCUCAAAAUCAUCCGGGAGAGGUGGCCAAGUGAAGAUCUCGUCUGGCUUGAGGAGACUCCCAUCAUCCCCUUCCCCGAGGGGCUGCAGAUGCUGCGCGAUGACGGCCGAGACGUCGCCGAUGAAGACCUUUCAACUCGAGACGAGAUCAGACUCGGAGAGUUAGUAAAGGAAAAGUACAAAACUGACUACUACAUACUCGACAAAUUUCCCGCCAACGCCCGUCCAUUCUAUACUCAUAAAGCCGAGGACCCCUUCUGGACAAACUCUUUCGAUAUCUUCGUCCGAGGCCAGGAAAUUUGCACUGGCGGCCAACGCAUCAAUAACCCGAAGGAACUGCGAAAGAGCAUGGCCGAGAAUGGAAUCUCGGAAGACGAAAUGUCUGAGUAUCUCGAGGCAUUCGACCUGGGCGCUCCCCAACACGGUGGUGCAGGUCUUGGUCUCGACCGCAUCGUUUUCCUCCUUCUCAACUUGGGUGAUAUUCGAUACGGCUCACUCUUCUACCGCGACCCUAAGUCCCUACCUCAACGCUCCUUCAACCUCCCCCACCCCAACGCAGACACCACCAAAAUCUGGGCAGGCAGAGAAAUGCCAGCUCUCGAAGAACUCAUCGCUAACUAUGGUGACGCCACCAACACAUCCUGGCUGGACGAGCGCUUUGAGCUAUGGCGCCAUAGCAGCGGUGCGGCCGUCGGCUACGUCAAGCAAGGCAAGUUUGUCAUGAUCACUGGCGAUCCGCUCUGCGACCGCGGCCAAUACGAGGAAGUCAUUCCUGCCUUUGUCGAAUUCGUCACGAAGGAGCUCAAGCUCACGCCCGUGUGGAUGCUUGUCUCCAACAAAGUCCAGGAAAUUCUCGGUCGGCGCAUCGGCUGGCGAACCAUGUCCUGCACCGAAGAGCAACGCGCCGAUGCCGACCAGCACACCGCCCCGGAUAACCGCCUUGCUCGUCGCGUCAAACGUGAGGGUAUCAAGAUUCACGAGGUGAAGCCCAACGAAGACUUCAUCAGCCGCGCCGACAAGUCCAUCGCCGCAUGGAAAGAGAAGCGCAAGGAGAAGAAGCAAGUCCACAUGACGGAGAUCCGCCCAUGGAUCGAUCAGUCACACCGCCGCUACUUCUCGGCCGAAAAGGACGGCGAGGUCCUUUGCAUGGUCGUACUCGCGCAGCUGGCGCCGCGGUACGGCUGGCAGGUGAAGUGGGCUCUCGACUUCCCAAACGCCCCGCACGGCACCAUCGAGGUCCUCAUUGAAUACGCCCUCUCAUGUAUCUCGGGCCCCGUCACCUUUGGCGCCGGCGUCAGCGAGCGAUUUGUCCCAGGGCAACACUUGCACGGCGCCCGGGCUAAGUUCCUCAGCAAAACGUACGCGGCCAUCGUCAAGAGUCUCGGGCUUGGUAGGAAGGCCGAGUUCAGAGACAAGUUUGGCGUUCUCGGUGAGCAGGUGUAUAUCUGCUAUCCACGCCGCGGCGUCACCCUGUUUGAUUUGAAGGAGAUUGUCAAGUUCUUCAUGGACCAGGACGACUCGUGA